AUCCAGGCAGAGAGAAGUAGAAAAAGAUAUGAAAAAAGGGAAAAGAAAACCAUUAAAAUAUUGUUUAAGAAUUAAGAGUGAAAAAAAAAAAAAAGUAGGAAAAUCUUGGCCAUAGCUCCUUCUUAGCCUUUAUUAAAAUCUCAAAUAAUUUAAUUUCCUCCCAACAAUGAACGUCUUGUCAACCAACCCAUAGCCCAUGCUGGUUUAAGCUUUUCUUUUUUUAUUUUUUAUCUACCCCUUUUCCCUCAUCUUCUUCAACUUUCUCAGCUCAUUUCUGGGUUUCUUUUCCUUUUUCUGGGUACCAUUCUUUUAUGCAAUUUUCACCUAGAUUCAAGACCCUUUGAUAUAAAACUGCAAAGGAUUUCAUUAGUUUCCCAUUCGUUUUAUUGUUAGAUUUGAUAUGAAAAAAUGGUGAGCUGUGGUUUUUUUUUUUUUUUUGCAGUGAAUGAUCAGUAGGGUGUCUUAGCUAUAUACUCUUCUAGGGUUUCCAUUCUUUAGGGUUUUCUUUACCUUUUUUUUUUUAAAAUUUUUCUUGUUCAGUUUUAUAAUAAUGGAAUAUAAUCAGAUAAAUGAGAAUAAUAGUACUAGUAGGGGAAAUUUCUUGUACGCAUCUCAAGUUCUUGCAUCAAAUGGUUCUCCAUAUGGUAGAACAAGUAGUGGGUCAAUACCGCCAGUUUUAACCUCUUUUCAUCUUCAACCGAGUGAUCAACACCCAAUUGUGAAAACUGAAGCUAGUACCUCACAACAUGCCCAAAAAUUCCAUUACAACAACAACAACAAUAACCCUUUGUUGAGAGGGCAUCAACCAAUUCAUCACCAACAAGAAGGGAAUGAAAGCUCUAGUGAAGUGGAAGCUAUUAAAGCCAAGAUCAUAGCUCAUCCUCAGUACUCAAAUCUCCUUGAAGCUUACAUGGAUUGUCAAAAAGUAGGAGCUCCACCUGAAGUAGUGGCACGACUAGCAGCUGUUCGACAAGAGUUCGAAGCAAGGCAAAGAUCUUCAGUAACAUCAAGAGAUAACUCAAAAGACGCUGAACUUGAUCAGUUUAUGGAAGCUUACUAUGAUAUGUUGGUGAAAUAUCGGGAGGAACUAACGAGACCAAUACAAGAAGCUUGGGAUUUCAUGCGGAGGAUCGAAGCUCAACUUAACAUGCUUGGCAAUGGUCCUGUGCGGAUCUUUAAUUCUGAUGAGAAAUGUGAAGGUGUUGGUUCAUCCGAAGAGGAUCAAGACAAUAGUGGCGGAGAAACCGAACUCCCUGAAAUCGACCCGCGUGCUGAAGAUCGAGAACUAAAGAACCAUUUAUUGAGGAAAUAUAGUGGUUACUUAAGUAGUCUCAAGCAAGAACUAUCCAAGAAAAAGAAGAAAGGGAAACUACCCAAAGAAGCUAGACAAAAGUUGCUUAGUUGGUGGGAGUUACACUACAAAUGGCCGUACCCAUCGGAGACUGAGAAGGUGGCAUUGGCUGAAUCAACUGGUUUAGACCAGAAACAAAUUAAUAAUUGGUUCAUAAACCAAAGGAAACGCCAUUGGAAACCUUCUGAAGACAUGCAAUUCAUGGUGAUGGAUGGUCUGCAUCCGCAAAAUGCAGCUUUAUAUAUGGAUGGUCAUUACAUGGGUGAUGGUCCUUACUGUUUGGGACCAUGAUAAUGUGCAAUACACCAUUAUAUAUAUUACUUGCCUAUAUAUAUAUAUAUGUGCUUGUUGUUUGUUUAGUUACACUGCAGUCACAGUGUAUGUUCUUUCGGUAUUACAAACAUCCUAAUUAUAAUGUUGUGCAUUCGUCGUCAUUUUACCAGUUACACAAGAUUUGGGAUGUUUGCUUUUUUGUUGCUCAUGUUCGAUGGUAUGCUGUUGUGCUUUGUCUGCAAGUAGAAGGGCAUGUAAGGAGCUUUAAUCCUGUAAGAGAGGUGGUAAUUGUGUAAUUGAAAUUUCAUGUCUGUAUGUUUAAGUACUACCUGUUUUAAGUGUAUAUAGUGCUAAACGGUUAAUGAUGUUGUAAUACUUGGGGAUCUUAAUCUGUCUUGAAUAUCUUAGAACUUUUGUCUUGAUGGAUGGUUAUAAUUGCCAGUGACUUCAAGUUUAUAUAUAUAUGUAUGUAUGUAUGUUUCCUAAUAGGGCCCUCCUUAUAGGAGAUGAUGAAUCAUGCGUGUGAGAUGCAAUACUGUAUAUGUGAAUAACAUUCCACCUCGUUUCCAUUGGAAGGGUAGAUUUGGUUUCAUUAGAUUUGAAAGCAUGGCGGAUGCUAAAAGGAUAAUUGAACGUUUGAAUGGUUUCAGAUCAUUUGGGUUUCGCAUUGGAGUCAAUUUGGCCCAGAUUUGGGGAGAAAGCCACCUUUUGAAAAAGAGUACGUAAAGAUCAACCUCAUUCUCAAUCCACCAAAGGGGAAGCCAAGAAUAUGAACCGUCAGGGGACCAAUGUGAAAGGCAGUCUUCCAGACAGAGGGGUAAAGGGAAAAACUUCUAUUGAGCUUGAUAAGAAGUCUGAUCGUAAGUAGGUGACAAUUCAAGGGGUCAUUGAUCCGGAAAAAUUGGAUUGGCUUAGCCACUAUGCUAUCGGUUGGAUAGAGAUUUCUCAGUUCUUGAGUCUCUUAACGAAAAGCUUCUUUUGGAUGGUAUCUCUGUUGUUGAUAUAUUCAAACUAUCAGAAGCAACAAUGAUUGUCCUUUAAUGAUGUCCCUUAUAAGUCUCUAAUUGGGUUGUGUUGAUGAAAUGGUCUCUUAAAAUUGAGUCAUGGAGUGAGGAUGUUGUUUCUAUUAAUCGAAGAAUUUGGAUUAGUUGUUAUGGUA